AUGACUCCUUAUUUAUACUCAACACCCUUCGUAUCGCGACUUUUGAUUUUGCAGCCUAGAAGUCAUCACGGCAUUUUUAGGCCACAGAAUUUAGAAGUUCGUAUCCAAGUGCUUAUUUCGACGCAACGCAACGAUCUGAGAGCAAAACGAGGCUAUCUUAGCGCCAAGCCGCCAGUGACUCACGAUCCUGCGACCGCUCCUUUUGUCCUUCACAACAACAUGACCACCCGAUACAGAGUCGAAUACGCCCUCAAGGUACGGGACUGGCCUUUGCUGCCUUUGCUGGCUAACAUCGCAGGUCUCCUCGCUGUCCCCUUUGUGCUUCACUCGCAGCCCACCGCCAUUUCCGAGGAACAUGGCGAAGGCCUGAAAGCCGUCGCUGCAGAUACCCACCUUCGAUAUGCCGAGAUUAUGAAGGAUGUAGAGAAUCUCAUGCUCGAUCAUAUCCAUCACCAUGAACGCAACGCCCCCGGCAAAUCCAAGUUGAAUCUCCUCGUUCCCACCGUGGGAACCUUCUUCACCCAGCUGUACCUGGAGGAUGCGUUCAAGUAUCAGGAUCGCCAGCGAUUCAUUAGUCGACGACGAUUCGUCGCCCCCUCAUUCAAUGACAUCCGUCUGAUUUUGAACUCCGCCCAAGUCCUGGGUCUCGUCCGCUCCAGCGACGUGAAGUUGGUCACCUUCGAUGGAGAUGUGACCCUCUACGACGAUGGCGCCUGUCUAAUGCCCGACAACCCCGUCAUUCCCCGCAUCCUGCGUCUUCUCCAACAGGAUCGCAAGAUCGGCAUCGUGACCGCGGCCGGAUACACCGAUGCCCCCAAGUACUACGAGCGCCUGCAGGGUCUCCUGGAUGCGAUCCAUGUCUCGCCUGAUCUGACAGCGGAACAGAAGCAGGGACUCAUUGUCAUGGGUGGAGAAAGCAAUUUCUUAUUCCGCUUCGACCCAUCCGCCGAUGCCCGUUUGGCCUACGUGCCCCGGGAAGAGUGGCUGUUGGAUGAGAUGCAGGCCUGGAGUGAAGGGGACAUCACCGAGCUGCUGGAUCUGGCCGAGUCGGCACUGCGCGCUUGUGCGGCAAACCUGAACCUGCCCGCCGCGGUGCUGCGCAAGGACCGGGCUGUCGGGGUGUACCCAGUGAACGGCGUACGGAUCAACCGGGAGCAACUGGAAGAGACAGUGCUGGUGGUCCAGAAUACCGUCCAACGGUCGGCGGUCGGAUCGCGACUGCCAUUCUGCGCUUUCAACGGUGGAAACGAUGUCUUUGUCGAUAUCGGGGACAAGUCAUGGGGUGUGCGCGCUUGUCAGCGCUACUUUGGGGGCAUUGAUCCGUCCAAGACACUGCACGUUGGAGAUCAAUUCUUGUCUGCUGGAGCUAAUGACUUCAAAGCUCGUCUUGCUUCUACCACUGCCUGGAUCGCAAGCCCCGCAGAGACUGUGGAGCUCCUCGAUGAGUUGGAGGAAAGUGUGCACUCAUGA